GGCAGUUCUGGUUUCAACGGAGUAAAACACCAUUUAAAUCACAAUGCAGUCUUCCUUCUUCCUAAUGGCCAUCUUGGUGGUUGCCAUGCUCAUGUUGUUCAGCGCUCCGGCAACUGAGGCCACCUUCCUUCUCAUCGCUUGCAUGCUACAGUCACCGCUUUGCCCAUGGGUCACUUCAGCCACCACUGCUACCACAGGAUAAACCUUUACAGAGCUCUUCAAAAAUGUAUUGGAAAUAAAAAUUUUGUGUUGCAUUA